CCGUUCAUUCGUUUGUUGAUUCAUUCAUGUCUUAAUGCAGUCAACGUGUCCCCGUACUCGCGUCAUGACGUCAGUCAGAUCCACAGUAUACAUGGAUGGCAUUCACAGAACAACUCUUUCGGUGGGCACACGAUGCAUGCUACGCCCACAUCACAUGUGCGGCAACAGGAAAGCCAAAACGCCGGCCGCACCGUCCCAUAUAUCAUCAUCGUGUCUACACGUACGUACGAGUGUUUCCCGUACUGUGCGUCAGAUGGACGGACGGAUGCGAUGCACUCAUUCACUCACAAAAUUGCAGGGAGCCGGCCGCUGAGCCACACGUCUGUCUGAUUAUCUCACAUCGAUCGGUGCACAUACAACACACAACGUCUGUGCGCUCAACUCGACAAAAGGCCCCACACCACAAUCACCGGUUCAGUGGGUAGGUCACACCAUGGCGAAUGUCUUAGCAUUCAUGUCCUUGAUCAGGUCGGUGAGCUUGUCCAGCUCCGACUGCGGUCCGUGGAGCUGGGCAGACACGAUCUCAGCGAUCUCCAGCGCCUUCUUGACCUCCGCAUCGACGUUGACCAGAUGAGCCUUGAGGGCCUCGGCACUAACGGACACACAACGGCUCGCGUGGGCGCAGGAGUGUUGCCGCGUAGCUGUGUGUGUUCAGCCCACCUGUCGUAUGCCUCUUGACAGAUGAACGUGUUUCCACUGCAAGUGAAAUGGUAGUGCACGCAGCCCUUCUCAGCCUUGUUCGCAAUGCCCUCCUUGACCUGCAUCAAACGAACACCCGCACAGACAAGCGCCACAUCUGCAUUUUUCCCCGUUUGUGUAUCCUGCCUCCGAACGCACCUUGGCGAUGAAUCCCUCGACGCAGAUCUUCUUGAACGCCUCGACCUGGCCCUCCUUGACCUUGAAAGUCGGCACGAAGAUCACCAUCGUCUCGCAUCCAGCUGCAACCACCAUCCUGCACAGGCGCUGAUAAACGAUGACCUUCUGCUCUGGCUUCAAGUCGAUGUGCUGAGUUGGUGCACAGAUCGCGCGAACGCAGCCCAAAGAAGGGAUGUCAGAAGCGGUUUCAGGGAGCACCCUAGGCGGCCUGGC